AUGCUGAACAAGAUCUACGUACUCGAUGGAAGUGACGGAGUGAUCAAAUUUGCUAAUGGUAACAACGUGAGUCUGUCGCUGGCAUUGGAGUCGCAAACAAGAGAACGGGACAGUGCACGCAUUCAUACCACAACCAUCAGCGACUACAAAGGAGAUAUACGUGCUCUGAAAGGACGCUUUUUGGCAGUGCAAGGAGAUCUUAUUGCUUUUCGUUUCUUUAACGAGAACACGGGUGAUGUGAUUCGCAUAAUCAACAGAGUAUCGCGAAAUCGUCGUCUUAUCAAAGGUUUUUCCAAAGCUCCUGUAGACCUUCGAUUCGCUACUCAUCUUCCUCUUCUUGCUGUUGUAGAUGGCGAAUCAAAUCUCCAUGUCUACUCAGUAACUGCAGAUUGUCAGGAUGUAGAAACAUACAUCACGAUUAUGAACUGGCCCGAUGGAAGCUCAGAUAGUACUCCGCGCGUUGUGUGGUGCCCUUAUGUAGCCGAAAAUCCUUCUGACCCAUCGGAUGUGGUCAACAUGGUAGCCUUGUUCAAGAAAAACAAAGUGUACGUUGUCAAUCUGAGCAUACUGAAGGAGCGCGGGUCGCGAAUGACGUUCGAAGAAGCAUUGGCAGUAGAGGAAGCUAUUCUUUCUGUUGAAAUGGAAGAGGUUAUUCUGCGCUUGCUUUUUUCCUACUUUACCUUUGAAUAAAA